AAAUAUAAAAGCUCAGUUGUAAAUUUUCUCUGUAAAAUAUAAUAUUUAGUAUGGGCGACGACGAAAUUAAUUCUAGUAAAAAAUGUGAAAAAAAUAAAUACAAUGUAAUUAUAAUUGGCGGCGGUGUGGCAGGUCUAGCCGCCGCUAAUCAUCUUAUCAAUAAUGGGAUGCAGGACUUUAUCAUAAUAGAGGCAAGAAAACGUAUCGGUGGUCGUAUUAUUGCUAUACCAAUGAAACAUCACAGAGUAGAACUAGGAGCGAACUGGAUCCACGGCGUUUUGGGUAAUCCAAUAUACGAGUUGGCAACAGCAAACGGACUUGUAAAUAUAAUCAACGUACCAAAACCACAUAAGGUUAUAGCAGCAACAGAGGAUGGGAAGCAAGUACCUUUCGGCGUUUUACAUGAAAUUCAUGAGGCUUAUGUGUGUUUUUUAAGACGAUGCGAGGAAUAUUUUUUGUGUCAGUAUCUACCACCGCCUGAUAUUCACAGUGUGGGCGAACAUAUAAAUCUUGAAGCAGCAAUAUAUCUUGAGCGCUUACCAACGUCAGAAGAGAAAAGGUUGCGACGCCUAAUCUUCGACUGUCUUUUAAAACGUGAAACGUGUAUAUCUGGAUGUAAUUCAAUGGAUGAAAUUGAUCUCUUAGAACUUGGUAGUUACACAGAAUUACAAGGUGGUAAUAUUUUGAUACCUUCAGGGUACAGUCGAAUUUUAGAACCAUUGACCAAGAAUAUUUCAGCAGAUAAAAUAAUGUCAAAUCAUCCAGUGUCUAAAAUAAUUUGGAAUACAAAUGGAAACUCUGAUGAUUUAGGUGAAGAAUCAGAAGAUUCAGAUCAGACUGUUAUAGAGGAUAUCUCAAAAACAUCAGCCCCUGACCAAGCUAGUCUACACAAUAAAGCUAGUGCAGAAUCGGAAGAUAAGCCAAAGAAAAGAACACAUUUAGUUGAGGUACACUGUGACAAUGGUGAAAGUUAUUAUGCUAAUCAUGUUAUAUGCACAAUUCCUUUGGGUGUACUCAAGGAUCACGCCAGCACUCUAUUUGAACCUUGCUUACCUCAAUACAAAUUGGAGGCGAUAGAAAGGUUGCUUUUUAGUGCUGUUGAUAAAAUUUAUUUAGAAUAUGAAAGACCAUUUCUUAAUCCUGACAUAACAGAGAUCAUGUUGCUUUGGGAUAAUGCCUCGUCCACGGAAAGUAUGGCAGAUUCAUGGUAUAAAAAAAUUUACUCAUUUACAAAAGUAACGGAAACCCUUUUAUUAGGCUGGGUAUCAGGUAAAGAGGCUGAGUACAUGGAAACUUUAUCAAUGGAGGAGGUUGGAGUGACAUGUACCAAGAUAUUGAGGAAGUUUUUAAAUGACCCCUUUGUUCCAGAGCCUAUACUCUGUGUUUGUACUAGUUGGAAAAAGCAACCGUACACGCGCGGCGCAUACACAGCUAUCGGAGUAGGGGCAAGUCAGAGUGAUGUAGAGAGCUUAGCCCAACCACUAUUUAGGAAUGUACGUGAUAAAAAGCCAGUAUUACUCUUCGCUGGAGAGCAUACACAUAGCAGCUUUUAUUCAACAGUGCACGGAGCUUAUUUAUCAGGUCAAAUUGCCGCGCGGAGGAUACUAACUCCGGAUAUAGCACCAGAAAAUGAUCUAGAAUGUCCUGGAUCAGCUGAUAUCAAUGCAUGGAUUCAAGGUAUACAGUUAGAAGGGUAAAGUUACCAUUAUCUGUGGAAUGACUUUUUUUUCAUGACAAUGGCAGCAGGCCUGUUAUAAUGUUUUUGUAGACUCUGUAGGAUGUGAUAGUAAUUAAUAUUUAUUUAGGUUUAUUGAGCCUUAUGGCAGCAUAUAAGACAAUGCAAUUUUCAUAAAAUGGCUUAUGGUUUAUGCGUUUAUAAUUUUUUAUUAGAUUAGUUAAAAUUAAUAAUGAGUUGAACAUAAUAUUAUAUGUGCUUCAAAUUGAAAAAUGUUAUAUUUUUUUUUAGUAUUGAGGUAUUUUGUUAAGUGUAUGAGUAAUGAGUAUAGCUAUUUACAUAUUACAUACAUGCAUUGGUUUUUGUUUCGAUUGAAAUGUUUAAAUUUGUUAAUUUUGUGUAAUCUAUGAUACCAAACUCGCAUAAUACCUAUUUAAUGCAAUAGUCAUAGAAUCUACAAUUUCGAUUACUCCAGUCUGUAUUUAUAUAUUUAUGUCCAUUACUGUUUCAAAAGUAAUACCCCAGCCACACUAUGCUACUCGUCCUGCUCAUCGCGCUGCCGCUCGCCUCGAUAUUGCCGUCUGGCCACACACUGCUCUACUCGCGCGAUUAAUCGCGACGCUCUUCAUUUCGCACUCGUAUUGCCGGUCCUUUGACUCGCGCGCAAAAGCCGACAAAAUAGGGAGCAGUGAGCAGGACGAUGAGCACGACGAGUGGCAUGACGAGUAACGUUGCCACACUACGUCCCUGCCUAAUUUCCUCGUCACUUCCCAUACCACUCGUCGAGUCGUGUGGCUGGGGUAUUAUGAAUGGAUAGGAUGAUUUCGUAAUUUUAUGUUUAGAAUUAUUUUUAUAUUUAAAUUAAAAUUAUCUCAAAUCAUAAUAGUUUUACCUCGAGCUUCAAUUCCGAGUUUUCUGGAUAGUCAAUAAAUAGGCAUUUAUGUAAUCUAGAUAAGAUAUAGGUUUUUCAUUGAUCAGAAAUUGAGGCUUCACCCAAAUCGUCUACUAGAGUCGUAACGGCUUAAUAAAGAACCCUAUGAAGUUGCAAUAAGGCAUACAUUUCAAUUGACCAAGGUUUAUGUUUGCUCUCUAAUUUAUCAAUUAUCUUAUUAUAUAAACUAAACGCCUUUCACAUUCAAGAACUUAUGCUUCAAACUUGUUCUAUAAAAAUUCUAAAUAUCCAUUAAGGGCAUGAAAUAAAAUAUGUAAUACUUAAUACGUUUAAAAUUUACGCUCGAAAUUAGACGUUCGAAAUUUAUGUAGCGGUACAUGAGCGGUACCUAUAUUAAUGUGAAUACUGUCUUCCAUAAUGCCUACAAUGUGAAGAACACCGUUAGCAAAAAUCGACAUGUUUCAUUAGGACAAUAUUUUGUGAUGGGGAACCCCAUUAAUUAUUAUAAUAAUAAUAUGUUAAUAUGAAAUAUUAAAAUACUAGCUUUCCACCCGCAGCUUCGCCCGCGCAGUCAAAGAAAAACCCGCAUAG